AGCCGCAGAAAGCAAACAAGCAACAGGAGAAGCAGCUCUUUACGCCAGAACGGGAGAUGCAUGCGUUGCGGUGUCUUACCCGCGGUGGCGUUACCGGGCGCGGGGUGGGAUGUCCUACCCUGCUCCUACGCAGCAGCUUCCAGCCAAAUCUUACCUCGCUGACGAAUCAGGUGAACCGCAACGACGACUUCGUCAAGUUCGGCCACAAAAACGUCCCCGUCGGCGUCCCCCGCCUCGAUCGCCGCGACGUUCGUGCGAUCUCGGUGCUGCACGAGACGCCCCACCUCCUCGUCGCGGGCCGCAACUUCGCCAACGGCUUCUCCGGCAAUCAAUUCCUGCUUAUUCAGAAGGAGCGAAAGGAGUGCAUUUUUGUCGACGCGGCAGAUGACUGGCCCGAUGACUGGGUGUCGUUCAUCGCCUCCUCCGGCCUGCGGCCCACGCACUUUUUCCUUACCCACUGCCACGUCGACAGCAUCGUGAAUCUGAACGCCUUCUUAGCGGUCAUGGAGCAGCAUUUCCAGGUGCGACUGGGUAUCAUGUGGUGCCCGGGGGAGCAGCCGUGGGUGGACGCCUUCCCGCGGUCGUGCGAACGCUACGGUCGUGUAGAGGAGAUGCGCCAGCCACUGCCGUUGCUGAAGAACAGUCUGUACAGCCACUACACCUACGCCCACCAGCUGCGGCAACGACAACGCACGCUGGACGACGCCGCCGCGUCGCAUCUCGACGGGGAGGAGGGAGAUGAAGCGGGCAGCGGAAAAGGAGAGGGUGGUGCGACACGCAACACGCAGCGCCGAUCUUCAGAGCUGCCUCGCCAGCUUGUCCGGACCCACGACAUUCUGCUGUCCAGCGCCACGAAUCGAUCCACUUCCUUCUACGAGUUUGGCCCUCACUCCGUGCUGCAUUACAUCUUCACACCGGGGCACUCGCCCGGGCAUAUGAUGCUGAGCCUGCCGCGCGAACGGCUUCUCUUUACGGGGGAUGCGCUGUACUACGGUGGUGUGGGGCGUGUAGACCUGCCGUGGGGCUGUGGCGGACGGCUUGCGGAGAGUCUGCUGACCUUGGAGGAUUUCCCGGACAGCACGGUGCUGUUGCCGGGGCACGGCCGCCUUACCACGCUGGGCCGCGAGCGUCGCGAGAAUCCCGCGCUGCGUGCGCUGUACGAGCGUCGCGCCGCCGGGGACCAGCAGGUCUCGGUGGGCUUUAAUACAGGGUAUCUGUAA